GGGAGGAUAAGGAAGGGAAAAAGAAGAUGAACAAAAACAACGCUAAAGCUUUGAGCACGCUGCGCCAGAAGAUUCGCAAAUACAACCGAGAAUUUGAAACGGAGAUUGCUACUUACAAGGAGAACCCAGAACAGUCCGCUGAUGAAGAGGAGGAGAAGGAUGAAAUCGAGAGUGGAGGGUCGUCUGCUGAGAGUGAUGAAGAGGGGGGGGAUGACGGUGUGACAGCCAAAAGCUUCAUGAAAAAGAAGCCUCAAGAGGAGGAGAAGAAAUCCCCAGAGGCCAGCAAGUUCCUCAAGGGUGCAGCUGAUGAAGAGUCUGAUAGUGAUGAUGAUGAAGAUUGGAGUUCGGACACUGAGGACAGCGGUAGUGACAGUGAGGACAACGAAGGAACUGCAGCAUCCCUGGCUGUGGCGUUCCUUAAAAAAACUCUAGAUGGUGACAAGCAGGCUGAACGCAAGGAUGAAAGGAAGAAGAGACACAAGAAGAAAGAGCGAGCGGAGGAUGAUGGCGAGGAAGAGGGAGGAGAGGCAGAGGAGGGAGUGUGGGAGAAGGUGAAGGGAGGUGUGCCACUGGUGAAGGAAAAGCCCAAAAUGUUUGCUAAAGGCACAGAGAUCAACCCUCCUGUGGUGGUGAAAAAACUCCAUGAGAUCCUACAGGCACGAGGCAAGAAAGGAACAGACAGAGCUUUUCAGAUUGAGCUACUGCAUGCUCUCGCAGGCAUCUCUGUUGAGCAUAACCUCGGUGAGGGCAUUUCUGUCAAAAUCAAGUUCAACAUUAUCGCCUCCCUGUAUGACUACAACCCCAACCUGGCCGCUUUCAUGAAGGUGAGACAUGGGCCUAGAGGUCGACGUGUGCUAAUAAGUUUGGUGUGUUAUAAAUUGCCCAUGCAUGUAUUAGACACGUAAAACUGCAAAAAUUAA